AUGCUUUCAACGUCGUAUGUGGUCUUCUACGCAAUCGUGGUAAUGUACGGCCUCCUUUGCGCCUUCCUUGGCUACGCUGCGAUCCACAUCGUGGCUGUCGGCGUCUUUGUCUUCGGCUACCUCGCGCUCGCGACAUUCGGCAACCUCGACUUUAUCGCAACGAUGAUGCUUCUCCUCUUUGUGGUCCUUGGCCUCGCCAUGGUCCAUCGCUAUGUCGAUGUACGUCAUACAAGCAUCCUUCUCAUCCUCGGCAAGGCUGUGCUCAACAUGGCCACGAUCGUUCUAGUCGGGACGUGCAUCUUGGCGUGUGUCGUAAACCGCUUCGUCGCCUACGUGUUUUUCGCUAUGUACAUUGGCGUUGACAUCUAUGUCGGCAUCACAUACUCGGAGCGCAUCCGCACCAUUGUCGUCACGUGCUGCCUCGGCGCGUCCAUCGUCGUCGGAGCACUUGCGGCGCUGUGGCUCGACGACCAGCCGACCGUCAGCGAGACACCAUUGCUGAAGCUUCUCUUGGGCAUUUGUAUUGCCCUGGUCGGUGGCUUCGUCCAAGUCAAGACAACGGCUGAGCCGCCACCAUCCGCCGCGCUGCGUAUGUCUCGGAUCUCGCUUGCCAACACACACGUCUCCGAAAUUCCAACACCGACAGCAGCAUCGUCGCAAUGGGUCAGUGCUCCGGGCUGA